AUGUCCCGUCGUCCAGCUUGCAACCCGACCGUGGGCAUCCACCUCUGGUCUGACCCACCUCCGUGCAAUCUGCCGCCGUGUAAUCCGCCGGCGUGUAAACCACCCUCGUGUAAACCGUCCCCGUGUAAAUCACUGCCGUGUCCAGCGGCCUGUCCGCCGCCGCCGUUGUACGACACGUCUCCGUGUUCAACGUCUUUGGACCGUCCAAUUCCGACCAAGGAUCCAGCCCCGUGUUCCACAGACAACUCCGUGCUCGAUAAGAGAGAGAGAGAGAGAGAGAGAGAGAGAGAGAUCUUCCUUGCAAACAAUUGGCACUGGCCGAAACGCGUGCUCGGCAUCUCGAAACUAUCCGCUUUCGAGUUUCUUAAAACCGCACAUCCUGGUUUAUCGAAUAAUCAGCUACUGAAUCGGUUGAGAAAACAAAGUAUAGAACCCGACGAGAUCCUCGCGGAGCAUCAUCGGCAGCUCGCCUGCGAGAAAGAACUUGCGCGCAUUCUACGUAAUCUCGACGUCAGUUAUCGGAUUAUGAAAAGAAUAGACGACGCGAGUAGAUGCGUAGAUUGGACCGAUCUGGUGAUCGCAAUCGGCGGAGACGGCACCUUUCUCUUGGCCUCGAAGCUGAUAACGAGCAACAACACGCCGAUAUUCGGCAUCAAUCCGCAUCCCGGAAGUAAUACUUUCACCCUGCCGAUUGAGUAUAGGGCGGACAUCGAAAGGAUAUUUGAGAAAUUGCGUGCGGGGGACUACACUGUAUUAAUGAGAAGUCGCAUACGUACAAUAAUGACAGGAGAAGGGCUUUAUCGACAGCCCUUUCACUUGCACGAAAAGGGUCGCAUGCAAGGCGAAAAGAGAGUCGACGCACUCAUGAGAUCCACUCAGAGGAAAAUAGCGGAUGCCCUGCAGCCCCGCCGGAGAGUUUUACCUUGGCUGGCAUUAAACGAGGUGUUUAUGGGCGAAUGUUUGGCGUCGAGACCGAUCAUCCUGGCGAUUCAGACCGACGAAGGGAAGAUGGUCGAGAUCCGAUCUUCGGGUAUCUGCGUCUGCACGGGCUCAGGCUCUCGGUCCUGGUUCAAGACGAUGAAUUUGCAGACUGCCGAAACCGUGCGAACGCUCGCAGCCAUGGCAAUUGGCAGGCAACUCGACGAGAAAGAAAUCUGCAAGGUGUUGUACAAGUAUCACAGUAACCUUCUGUUUCCGCCAGAAAAUUUAAAAAUGGCGUGUAUGAUACACGAGAUGUGUCGAAGUUCGCUCUGGCCGACUUUUAUUUCGGACAGGCGAAUGUGUUGCAGAAUCAAAGUCAGGUCGAUGGGCUUUGAUGCCGGCCUCGUUAUAGAUGGCAGCGUGUCUCUACCCUUCAACGAUGGUAGUACCGCGUCCUUCGAGAUCCGGCCUGAACACUCACUGAGAAAUAUUAUCUUGCAAUAAAUAUCCCAUGCAGU